UGUCGACGGUUUGCGCGCGCAACGCCAGACAGUGUGGUACGCUCGCGACGUACGGCCGUUUUAAUAUUACGACGUUUAUUUAUCCCGUGAUUUCGUGCAUCGUCCGUCGUGCGCGUGUCUCUUCGUGCCGUUUUUAAAAUUUUAUACCGUCUCGUCGUCGUCGGGUCGCGCGAAUGCACGGGAGAAUGUGUGCCGCGGAUGUUGUUUAACAGUGAUAACACGUCCUGACUACGGGCAGUUUGCCUUUUCGUUUUCUUAUGUGACCAGUGGAUUUGUGCAAUAGGUUUCCGGUACUUGGUGUUCGGCGGCGAUAGUUCACGAUGAAGCUGGAGUAUCCCUGUCGCGUCGAGGGCUGGCUGAACGUUUGCGAGGCCGAAUGCUGCGUCGGCGAAGCUGCCGGGGAGGCGUGCUGGGAACCUUGUUACUGCGUCCUCCUGCAGGACGAGCAGACCCUCACGGCUUACAGGAGCGAGGACAUGGCCCUGUUCGCCGGGACCGCCUGUAUGUUCAAGUCUCACAACAAGUUGGGGGACGCAAUGUUCGUCGAACUGCCACGUGUUCGAUUGGACGGCGGCGCACGUGCUUUCCGGCAACAUUGGGGCUACGAGUCGCGACCUUUGGCACCUCCGCCGCCAUUGAUCGAAGAAGACGAGGCGGCAGUCGAACCGGAAACGGUCAGCCUUCGGGAAGCCAACACCGCGUCUCCGAUAGGUGAGUUGAAAUCAUUGUCCUUGCCAAGGUGCUUUCCACCAGAAAUAACGAUGGACCAACACGACAAAGGUAAAGAUACGAACAGCUGA